AUGUCCCCAAUUCCUACACCUUUCACAUACUGCCUCGCUUCAAGGCAUGCCACUGGUGAGUCAGGAAAUCCAAUCAUUUUCGGUGUUGCCUUGACAAUAUGCCAGCAGUCAUCUGAUGUUGGACCAGAGUUCCAUCAUCUAUCCCUCACGAUAUUGGAUCUCCCGAACGAGCUCCUUAUCAACAUCGUGGACCUCCUGCCAACAGAAGAUCUCUUCAGCAUCAUCAUCCUUUCUCGCCGUCUCCACUGCUUGGCAAUUACAUUGCUACUGUCUCGAUACGAUCUUCAUUCUCCUGAAAAAGGAGGCUCAUUAUACAUUUCAAAGCAUAAGGCGAUCCUCGCACUCAAUCUCUGGCGAAGGUCCUUAGUGUUUGAAUGUCCACGGCUCCUCUCCAUUCAUUUGCAGGUGGAUGAUACGAAGGCUUGCCGACUACUCUCUCGAUUCUUCACCUCUUUGCAGGGCGUGAACGGAAUUCAUUCUAUCGAAGUCCGUUUGGAUGAGAUACCAGAUCCUGCAUUUGUUGACGUUCUUGACGCUCUGUGCGUCACUAACGUCGUCAGCCUCACUAUUGAUCAUCGCAGCAACAAUAUCUGCAAAACAGUGAUGCCCUCCAAGAUCAAGCGACGCCCAACCUUACUCCCUAACCUUAGAGCUUUUCAGCCUCAUGCCGCCCUGCUGUUCAAUAUGCCAUAUGCUCGGUGGACACUAGAAACGAUUAACUGCUCCAAGAUUUCAGAGCUGUCGCUUGUAACCCCUGGCCUCAUAUCCCCAUCCUGGAACAAUGUACUUGGACGGUUGAAUGUCCCCAGCCUCCAUAUCCUUCGUGUAGAGGGUGAACUCUCGCAGGCGGUCCUGAAUCGAUUCCUCUUUCGACAUCGCGAGCUACAGGAGCUGCACAUCGGCUACCACUCAGAUUGCCAUACGGUCACUCAACUCCAGUGCCCCCCUCCGGAACUCCCGUGCCUGCACACCCUGAGUGCACCUAUCCCCUAUCUUCUUCGUCUUCUCGGCGACUCGCGGUCCAAGAUCAUUAUCCUUGCGAAGCUCACGGUUCUGCCGGACGUCCAACAUGAUGAUCCGGCUCAUUUCCUCUGCAAUCUCUCCAGAAUAUUAGCAGCCGUCGUCGACUGCGAGUAUCUUUGGUCCCUGAAAUUAAUGGUUCCUCCGCAACUUGCUGCUGCAAGCGAGGACGUCAUAUACGGAGGCUUCGGAUUUAUUAUGCAGGAUCCAGGUGUUCACCUCAUGGAGGUGAGGGCCGUUAUUCUGGAACAGGCUUCUCAAACAAGAGCACUCCGGGAAGAUGCGUUCAGCCCGUCGUUAUUGAAGAGUCUUCCUUACUGGCUUCAGCAAUUUCCCAUGCUGAACGCUCUGCAACUAUGGGAGGAUGCUGCUAUGGACCGAAGUGAAGACUUGUCACGUGUCCGUUCGAGUUGCAAGACGUUGAGUGAAAUAUUCAUUUGGUCGGGCGGAAGCGAGUUGUGCUGGACAGCCAACGUAGAGGAGGUUGUCUGA